GUGGCCACCGAGAAGUUCGAGUCGCAAGAGUUCCCAGGAGUAAUUGAAGUGCGUCGUCGACACUACUUUGAUGCUGUGGUGAAUCAGGACGCAGGUCGAUCAAAGUUGUCACAGAUUGGCAUACCCGGUGAGCGGCCAUUCCAAACUUCCACGCUGCCGGCGGAUGAUAUACUUUGGGUUUGGGCAGAGGAGGCGGAUUGCCAGCGGCUUGGAGUGGAGGUACAGAUCGAGCCCAUGCAGACGGACGCUACCAUGAUGCACAAGUUCCGCGCUAUUCCAGCAAAUCAACUGCGUGGUGGUCCCCUGGAGGGCCUUCUUCGCAAAUAUGGCUUUAACCGGCCCUCUGCGCGUGUCUCGGAGCGUCCUCCGAGAACCGUGGCGCGGUUUGCUGGCGAGGUCUCGCGUGGCCAGCUGAGAUUGUGGGAACGCAAGGCGAGCACGGGUCGGAGGCCUUCGCAGCUCUCUCCAGGCCUUUCAGAGGAAGGUGGUGAGCUCAUGCUUCUAGAGGAAUGCCUGAUCUUGCGGCUCCAUAGCUCGAAGGGGAACUUCCUCGUGGCAUCGCAGCAAACGCCAGGAAUGGAUGGUGAAGAAAGCAAGUGGUCCUUGCUUGGCCCAACGAGGAAGGUGCAGGAGAACGGCUACUUUCCGGAGGUUCGACUGAAGAAUGGUGAGGACAGGCGCUGCGUUGCCUGGGGUGGCGGAGCGGGCUUCAACGGACAGCAGUAA